AUGUCAAGAUAUCUUCGUCAGUCGGGCCAGCUCGCGCGGCUGGCGAGGUUCUCAAACAGCGUGAGCUUACAGAGGACACAGAGACUCGUCGCCCGCCCCAGCGCAAUUUCCCUCAGAGCGCUGCCGACUCCCUACGGCAUUGUCCCGCGAUUCUACUCCUCCAAACCCCCGCACCCGGACGACAGCAAAAACCCCGGUCCAGAGAAGCCGAACAGCCACAAUGACGCAGGCGCAAAGAAAUCAGAUACAGACGGCCCGGAGUCGAACAAGGUACCUCUGCCGCCUCUACCAGAGGGCUGGGUUCGCCUUACCAAGGAGGAGAUUUCUCAACUGCAAUCGUUUCAACAAUUGCUUCCCGAAGGCCAGAGACAGACCUUGAAAGACAUUCUGGUGGGGAUUCAGCAUACCGGCGUGCCCGCCGAGGUCCGCGAGCUGCUACACAAAAUGCGCCAGGGGCCCGGCAACUUGUCGAUAAUGGAUAAGGGCAGACUUAUGCGAUGCGUCUUCAUCACAGCCGAGCGAGUGGCAGAGUGGGAAGUCGAACAGCAGCAGCAGGGAAAGCGAGGCAUGUUUGACAAGAACAACCCGGAGAUGAACGAUCAUAAGGAUGGAGAGAAGGGAGAAGACGCUAGCCGAUCUCACAAGGCGUCUGGCGAAUCCCAAUCGAAUCAACAAGGAUCUGGAGGCAAAUCUCCCAAACCGGAAAGAAACGGUUGGAUGGAUGCUCUCCAGACUGGUCUUGUUCUUGGUAUCACGCUCUGGGCCAUUGAAUCGUUCAGCAAGCCCUUCUCCGAGAAAGAGAUCACCUGGCAGGAGCUGCGCAAGGCCUUCUUGGAUAAGGGCCUCGUGCAGAAACUGGUGGUGGUCAACGGGUCUCAAGUGCGUGUGGAGCUGCAUCCCGAUGCUGUCCAGGGAGCCACCGAUGGGUCUGGCGCCAGAAGGACGUAUGUCUUCUCAAUUGGAUCGGUUGAGUCCUUCGAGAAGAAGCUGGAGGAAGCCCAAGACCAGCUGGGUAUCCCACCAUCGGAAAGAAUACCUGUCAGCUACGAAUCAGGCGGCAGCACCCUCGGCAACCUCGUUUUAGCAUUUGGGCCUACUCUUCUCUUCAUCGGUUUGAUCUUGUGGACGCAGAGGUCCAUGGGUGGACGAGCAGGAGGUGCUGGAGGCAUGUUCAACUUUGGAAAAAGCAAGGCCAAGAAGUUCAACGCCGAAAGCGCUGUCAAGGUCAAGUUCAGCGACGUUGCUGGUCUGGAAGAGGCCAAGACGGAGAUUAUGGAGUUUGUUAGCUUCCUGAAGCAACCUGAGAAGUUCGAGAAGCUGGGUGCCAAGAUUCCUCGCGGCGCCAUUCUCGCCGGUCCUCCAGGAACAGGAAAGACGCUUCUUGCCAAGGCCACUGCUGGAGAGUCUGGCGUGCCCUUCUUCAGCGUGAGCGGAUCCGAGUUUGUGGAGAUGUUUGUUGGCGUGGGCCCUUCUCGUGUGCGAGACUUGUUCGCGGAAGGCCGAAAGAAUGCGCCCUGCAUCAUCUUCAUUGACGAAAUCGACGCCAUCGGUCGUGCUCGUAUGGAGAGCGGUCGUGGAUUUGGUGGCAACGACGAAAGAGAGGCUACGCUCAACCAGAUUCUGACCGAAAUGGACGGUUUCAACACGCGGGAGCAGGUCGUCGUCUUGGCCGGUACCAACCGAGCCGAUAUACUAGACAAGGCGCUGAUGCGUCCUGGCCGUUUCGACCGACACAUCUACAUUGACCGACCUACGAUGAAGGGACGACAGGAAAUUUUCCAGGUUUACCUUAAGAAGAUUGUCACCAAGGAGGACCAGGAACAUCUCGUGGGCCGACUUGCCACCUUGACCCCUGGCUUCUCCGGUGCAGACAUUGCCAAUGUCGUGAACGAAGCAGCUCUUAUCGCCGCGAGAGAGAACGCAGACGAUGUCAAGAUGACGCAUUUCGAGCGCGCCAUCGAGCGUGUCAUCGGAGGCUUGGAACGCAAGUCGCUGGUUCUCCGGCCAGAGGAGAAGAAGACGGUGGCUUACCACGAAGCUGGACAUGCCAUCUGCGGUUGGUUCCUGAAGCACGCCGACCCCCUGCUGAAGGUCUCCAUCAUCCCCCGUGGCCAGGGUGCUCUGGGCUAUGCGCAAUACCUGCCCCAGGAUGCUUAUCUGAUGAGCACGAACCAGUUGAUGGACCGAAUGGCCAUGACCAUGGGAGGUCGCGUGUCUGAAGAGCUGCACUUCCCCACGGUGACGACCGGCGCCAGCGAUGACUUCAAGAAGGUCUCACAGAUGGCACGCAGCAUGGUAACACAAUGGGGCAUGUCAGAAAAGGUGGGACCUGUGCACUUUGACAAUGACCCGAACCGCAUGGUGAAGCCAUUUGCCGAGGCUACGGCCCAGCAGAUUGAUGACGAGGUGCAUCGGAUUGUGGAAGAGGCCUACACCCGGUGCCGAAAUCUCUUGGUAGAGAAGAAGAAGGAAGUCGGUUUGAUCGCCGAGGAGCUGCUGAAGAAGGAGGUGCUCUCACGCGAUGACAUGGUACGAAUUCUUGGCAAGCGACCGUUCGACGACAACGAGGACUUUGAAAAGUUCUUUGGGGGCAAAGAGGAAAGCUCGCCGCCUCCAUUCCCGACCGAGACCGACACCCCGAGGGAGGAUCCUCCUGCACCUGCGCCAGCCUUUCGGGAUCUCCCUGACGACGGAAAGAGGUGA